UUUUUUUUUCUCUUUCUUUCUUUCUUUCGUUUUCUUUUUUGCCCUUUCUCCUUUUAUAUAUAUAUAUAUAUAAAUAUAUAUAAAUAUUUUUUUUAUGUAUAUAUAUUUUUAGACGAGUCUCUUGUAUCUCUAUAGUCUCUUGUCCUUUAUCUCUCAUAUAUACAUUUUACUAUCACUUUUUUUUUUUUUACAAUUGGAACUAUUGUGAUGCUCCCUUUCCUUUAAAAAAAAAUUUAUAUUAUUUAUAUAUUUAUAGGACUUCUCCUUCUUUAUUUAUUUCAUAUUUAAAAUGACCACUCAAACAAGACUUACACCUUCAGCAUCUAUACGCGAACAAUAUUAUCGAAAACACGGCAUACAACAAAGAUCUCAUGGUAAUACCAACUCACCAACUGAACAUCUGAACUAUCCAUUACGUGACGAAGUAGAAGAAGACGAUAAUGAAUUUGACUAUCGACCAGAAGGUGCCAUUGCAUUUGCUCCCUUGAAACUACCUGACUUUCCUUCUAUCAACACGGAUGAAAUAUCUUUACUAUCUCGACAUACUGAAUAUGAUACAGAAGACGACGAUGCUGCAACUCGUUCCAUCAUUAGUUUACAAACUAUGGAUAGUUUACGUAUUGGAAACAACGAUAGUGGUCAUAGCACUCUUCCUUCUACUUCUUCUGGCUUUGGUCCUUCUCCUCAUUCUGUCAAUACUCAACAAUCUCGAAACCUUUUACAACGUCAACAAAGUAGUCAAACUCUAUGUGUACCUUCUUCAACAAUGGAUCAUAAAGGCAAUACAAAACCUUCUUGGCAAAAAUCCUCAUCUAACGAAAAAGUGAGUUUAUUGUCACGAUUAUCCAAAACAACAGCUCCUAUGCGAGCAAGAUUAUCAGCAAUGUCUAGAACAAGCAAUUAUCUGAAAUCAGAAAUGGUGGCAUCCUUAUCUAUACCAUUGCGACGAUCAGCAGAAAGUGUUUACAAUUUACCAACAACGGCAGCACUACGAAUUACUGGUCGACGAUCUCAAGGCGAAAGAGCUCAAUCAUUCUCUUUUGAAAAAUCAGUCCGGCCUUCUAGGGAAAUGAUUACUUCAUCUUCCAAUCAUUCAACAUCAUCCAGUAGCAAAGACAGUACGUCACUCGUUUACGCCGCUCUCUUAUCAGAAGUUGCAACAGCUUUCAAGGAACGUGUAACGGUAGGAACAAAGAUAAAGGAUAGUAUCAAAUACAAGGACACUUUUGAUGGAGUAGAAGCAGUGGACAAAUUGGCCUUUUUGACAAAAACCAAAGACCGCAAUUUGGCUUUACUACUUGGUCGAGCUUUGGAUGCACAGAAAUUCUUCCACGACGUUAACUAUGAACAUCGAUUACGCGAUUCACGACAAGAAUUAUAUCGAUUUACUGAACGUAUCAAUGUACGACAUUCUCAACUUCCAUCUAUGACCGAUGAAGGUAUAUCCACAUCCUUCAAGCCCGACUCUGUAACAAAUGGCGAAGAGGACGAUAUCUCCGAAGUCAAUUAUCCUGCAUUACAACAAACAACCGAUGAUCAUCAUCCUAACGGCGUCUUCACUCUUUUGACAAAUUGUUACUCUCCAACAUGUACUCGAGAAAAACUUUGUUAUAGUGUAUUUUGUCCUCGUCGAUUGGAACAGCAAGCUAGAAAUUCGAACCGAAAAACUGUACAUCGUACAAGCAGCAAGUCAUCACUUAUUGAAAAGAAGGAUCGUUUGUGGGCCAGCACAGUGUCAAAAUUUGUUGUAGAUAAGCUCAGCAAGGAAGACCGAAAACGCCAAGAAAACAUAUUUGAAUUCAUUUAUACGGAAAAAGAUUUUGUUGAUGAUUUGGCCUAUGUGAAGACUCAUUGGAUUCAACCACUCUUGACUGAUGAUAUAAUUCAACCAGCUGAUCGAAGGGAAUCCUUGGUUCGUGAUAUUUUCUGGAAUAUCAUGGAAGUAUAUGACGCCAAUAAACAAUUUGUGGAAGCCCUUCAACAACGACAAAAAGCAAGUCCUGUGGUCUAUCAAGUAGGUGAUAUUAUUUUACAAUAUGUCGCCCAUUUUACUCCAUUUGUCCAAUAUGGUGCACAUCAAAUCAUUGGCAAAUCUAUAUUUGAAACUGAAAAAUCGACAAAUCCAGAAUUUGCUGCUUUUGUUCAGGCAACAGAACGAUUACCAGUGUCUCGAAAAUUAGAAUUGAAUGGCUACUUGACUAAACCUACCACUCGAUUAGGUAGAUACUCCUUAUUGUUAAGGGAAAUAUUGAAACAUACACCAAAAGAUCAUCCGGAUCAAGAAACCAUUCCAAAGGCUAUGAAAAUUAUUGCUGAGCAUCUCUCCAAUGUGAAUCAUGAAACUGGGAAAACUGAAAAUCGAUUUAAUUUACAAUUAUUGGCUGAAAAACUUCAAGAUUCCUCUUACUUGGCAGAUAUGGAUUUGGAUCUUUUGAAUGAAAAUAGACAAAUUGUUAUGAAAGGACCGUUGAAAAGAAAAGGUACUGGAUCAGAAUCAUUGGCAUUACAAGUCUAUCUACUGGAUCAUUGCUUGAUUAUCACCAAACAAAAGUUUGUAGGUGAUGUUGAACAAUUCAAGUUAUAUAGAAAGCCUAUACCUAUUGGUUUACUUGCCAUUUCAUUACCAGAUCAAACCAAACGUGCUAGUGUAAUACUUCCUUAUGGUCAACAUAAAACCAGUGAUUCAAUCUCAUCCAUUGAUUUAUCAGCCCUUGCCAAUACAUCCAAUAAUAAUGGUGGCGUUUCAACAACUGCGACUGGAGGAGCAAAAAGUGGAUAUCCUAUCAGUUUUGUACAUCUUGGACGUCAUGGUGCUAGUCCGAUCACAUUAUAUGCCAGUACAUUCACAAGUAGACGACAAUGGGUAGAUAAGAUUGAAUCUUAUCGAUAUGCAGUGAUGGAAAAACAAAAAGUGUUUCAAGUAGUACCUAUCAAUAAUGAUUUCUUCAAUGGAUUUAACAAAGUCAAUUGUGCCUCUACCUAUGGGGAUAGUAUUAUUAUUGGUGGUGAUCAAGGGGUAUACUUAACGACUGGUGGCAAAAAUAACAAAAAGGUGGUUCGUCUAUUAGCCAUGGAUAAAGUAUCACAGAUCGACAUUUUGGAAAACAAAUUUAUUCUCGUUCUGGCAGAUAAAACAUUAUACACGUAUUCGAUGGAAUCAUUAUUAAACAAGGAAAAUAAUAAUGAUGAUGGUAUGGAUGACGAUGUUCUUGAUCGAAAACCAACAACCAAAGAUGAAUCAUCCGAUGACAAUACAACAGCACGACGAGGACGCAAGAUCAGCAGCCAUGUAUCGUUUUUCAAAGUGGGCAAGGUGAUGGAUAAAUCUGAAGGUCAGGCUGGAGUAGAAAGAUCCUUGGUAUGUUAUGUACGAUACAAUGCAAUGACAUCCACCAUCCGUGCUUUGGAAGUUCAUGAUAGCACAACGGCCAAGAACAAGAAGAAAAAGCAGCAAAGUAUUCGACGAAAGACAAAACAACUGGGUACUUUACUGCGGCAUCAACAUGAAGGACUACGAGUAUUCAAGGAUCUCUAUAUUCCAGGUGAAGCUACAUCUAUUCAGUAUUUCAAGAAUGUUUUGUGUAUAGGCAGUGCCAAAGGAUUCCAAAUGGUAGAUGUUGGUUCGGCAGGUGUUUUAAGUGUAUUGGAUCCAAGUGAUGAAAGUCAUAAUGUGCUUGCCUCAAGAUAUGAUUUGCGACCUAUUUCCAUGUUUCGACAUCCCAAUGGCAACAUCUUAUUAUGUUAUAAUGAUCUGGCGUUUUAUAUUGAUAAGAAAGGAAGACGUGUACGACAAGAUUGGAUGAUGCGAUGGGAAGGUCAUCCUACAGCGUUUGCGUUCCGAUACCCAUACAUUGUGGCCUUUGAUUCUAGUUUUGUUGAAAUUCGACAUAUUGAUACCGGCCAUAUUGUGCAAAUCAUACCUGGCAAUAAUAUCCGUUGUUUGAAACCUGAUCCUUUGGAUGCUAUUCAUUGUGUGAUGGAGGAUGGAGUGAGUGGCAAUGAAUUAGUGUUUCAACUCAAAUUCAUAGAAAAGUAGUUUCCAUAGUCUUUUAUUAUUCGUAUCCAUCGUCAUCAAUAAAUUAUACAUUUUUUUCUAUCUA